AUGUCUUGGGGGGGAUUCAAGAAGUCUAUCAACCGUGCAGGCACGCAGCUGAUGCAGAAAACGGGUCAGUUGGAGCGCUCGGAUGACUCCAGAUUCAAGGAAGAAGAGCACAAAUACCGAGAACUUGAGAAGCAUGCGUCCGCAUUACUGAAAUGCUCUCGAGACUACCUUGACUCGAUCCGGCUUUUGUCUGCAUCCGAAGCCCGCAUAGGCGAUACAAUCGAGGGUUUUUAUCACGAUAAUAGUGAGCCUGCGAUUAUUGCGACGUCAUACAAGCGUGCUCUGGAAGAGUUAGACGCUAGAACAGCGAAAGAACUAGAUGCACCGUAUCGUGCCACAGUUCUUGACCCUAUUGGUAAACUUUGCAGCUACUUCCCUGAGGUGAACAAGCUGAUCGACAAACGUGGUAGAAAGCUUCUCGACUACGAUGCUACACGUUCACGUUACAAGAAACAGUCAGACCGCCCCAGUGACGACCCGUCCAAGCUUCCACGUAUGGAAAGCGAGCAUAAUGAAGCAAAGCUCGUGUUCGAUGCUUUGAAUGAACAACUAAUGACGGAACUUCCUCAACUUGUUGACAUGCGCAUUCCAUACUUGGACCCCUCAUUGGAAAUGAUGAUCCGUGUCCAGAUCAAGUUUGCUCAGGAAGGCUAUGAACAGCUUGGUGGCGUACAACGGUACUUCCCAGAACAAGUGCGUACCGAUUAUGCCGAAGGACAACUGGAUGCCCAGGUGGAAAGCAUACUCCAAGAGAUGCGCGGUUUGUCAAUUUGCGGCAUGAACAAUUGA